AUGACUGUUGGAUCAUGUCAGGAUAUAGGCGAAGCCACAGUUGAAAGCUUCGUGGGGAAGAUUGCUGAAACAUUCAGCAGCUUUUACUGUUGCAUUAGAUAUGCAUUGCCAUCUCGUGACAAUGACCAGCUCUGUAUCAUUGAGAUAGCUGUUGCUAAUGGAACUGCUAAUCGGCAGCAGAAAUACAUGAAUGAGCCUGUGUCAGAGGAAGGAUGCAUUAAAUGGAUUGAAAAGUGGUGUUCGGCCCCACAUUCCUUGGUGGCGUUCCAUCCUUCUCUGAGCUGCACCACAACAGUGGGAAUGUCUCUGGCUUCAUCGGCUGCAUACGUGAACUGCAGAUGGGCUCCAAAGAGCUGUAUGUGGUGGGGGAAGCAAUCAGAGGCCAAAACAUUCAGAACUGUGACGCUGCAGUCUGCCAGCACCAACCCUGCCACAAUGGAGGAACCUGUAUCAGCUGAUCACGUGCUCGACUACAGCAGCGCGAGCUCAGGCACUCAGCGCACGCUCAGGGACUCUGCAUCUGACAGCUGUGGAGCAGUUAUCCUGAAGGACUACAAACAACUGGCGCUGAACUUAAACCUAAAUACUUCCAAACACAGAGAUAAGCGAUGCGGAGAGCUGGAUCUGCGUGUGUCCUUCGCUCUACUCCGGUAA